AUGGUGAAUACAGAGAGCUAUUUCAACAUCCGCUGGGACUUUAUCAACACACUCACCUUCUGGCUAGCGGUCUGGCUGGCCACCUUCUAUUGCGUGAAGGUCUCCUUCUCCCACCCCAUCUUCUUCUGGCUCAAGUAGCGGAUUUCUCCGUCAGUGUCCAGGAUGCUACCAGGCUUCCUGGUCAUAUCUAGUCUGACGACCAGCUCCUCAGCCAUUGGGAAUGGAAAUCUCAUGUCCUUGAUUGCGUCCCCCGGCUCUCAGGGGAACCCCACCCUGGCUGAUAGGAUACAGCCCCUGGGCCAGAUGAGAGGCCAUCGGUCCAGCCAGCACGAUCCCAGCACCUGGGCCCACACCACACUCCUGAAGUCACCCUCCUUUCUCAUCUUCCACAUCUUGUACUUCCUGUCCCUGCUGUUUGUCAUGAUGACAAUCAUCACCUUCCAGAAUCACUGGCACUGGGCCUGGGAGGUGGUGACCUAUGUGGGCAUCUGUCUGCACGCCAGCAUCCAAAUGCCCUUGAAGACCAGGCUGUGGAAGGCACUGCUCAGAGGGCAGCCUAACUCCACCGGUCAGGGUCAAUGA